ACACAGCACCGCGCGGGAAGCCCGCCAUGCUGCGCGAGGCGGCGGCGGGCGGCACCGCCGAGCUGCUGGCGGCGGCGCACGCGCAGUUCGCGGCGCGGCACUUCGCGGAGGCGGAGGAGCUCUACAGCCGUUUCAUCGCGGGGGGCGCGGGCAGAACCGGCCGCGAUCUCGCCACCGCCCUGAACAACCGCGGGCAGAUCAAAUACCUCCGGGUGGACUUCGACGCCGCCAUGGAGGAUUACACGGCCGCCAUCCAGAGCCAGCCUGCCUUCGAGGUGCCCUACUACAACCGGGGCCUCGUGCUUUACCGGCUGGGAUGCUUUGAUGAGGCCAUGAAGGAUUUCAGGAAAGUUUUAGAGUUGAACCCUCAGUUUGAGGAUGCUGCAUUGAGUCUAAAACAGGCUAUUCUUGACAAAGAAGAAAAACAAAAACGAGGUUAUUGAAAACGCAGCUAAUGGUGUGAACGUGUUUUACUGAACACUUAAGUGAUUUUUGUCAUUGAUGGAUGAAACAAGAUCAUUUAUUUACAUUUGCUAUGCUCUACUGAAGAAAUGUCAUUCUUGGGUAAAUAAGUUAAAAAUGUAUUAGAAUUUUAAAAUAAACUAUUUUUGAUUAUU